UGUUUAAUACAGUUCUAAAAUUAAAUAAGGAAAUUAAAUUAAUACGCCAAAAAAUAUAUAUUAAACAUAAAAUUCAGGAAAAACUUAUAAAAAUGUCAGACUUAGUUAAGUUAAUAAUUAAAAUUUAUAAAAUUAAAUAGGAAAUAGUUCAUUCUUAUCUUAAAUAAAAAAAAAAACAGAUAAUUAAGACUUAAAUAGAAAUUCUUAUUAAGAAAUACUCAAACAUGAAUCUAAUAAUAUAUUUUAAAGUUUUAAUUCUGAGAAUAAAAAUAAAACAUAAAAUAUAAAUAGAAUAUCUUAUUGGAAUAAAGCUUUAUUAAUUUAAGAUGAAAAAAUAAAUUAUGCCAAUAAUGAUACUUAAAUAUUGAAUACCUAACUAGAUUUACAAAAUUAAAUUGUAAUUUUUCAAGACACAAUAAGAACAAGAUGCACUUUAUUAAAUUAAAAUUUAUAGAAAAAAUUGGAAUUAUUCUUAACGUUUUAUUGCAAAAACGAAGAUAUCGAUUUUAAUAGUUUAUAAUGCUUUUUUUCAGCAUUUACUUUAUUAUUGAAAUAUCAUGACCCUAAUUUACAUAAUAUACUAUCUAAAAAUGAUAUAGUACCUGAAAUAUAUGCAUAUCCAUGGUUUAUUACUUUAUUUGCAAGAUGCCUCAUAAUUACCCUAAGCAUUAUCAAAUUUGAAAAUUUAAAAUAUCAAAGAACUAAAAGAAAUAUAUAAAGUUAAUUCUAAAAAGAGUGGAAGUUCAUCUAUAUUUGA